AGCGCUCCUACUGAAGCACCUGCCCCGGCAGCUAAACCGAUGAUGAUGAUUGCACCCAAAUACCGCAAGAUUAGAAAUCAACGUCGAAAAGAAUUGCGAGCCAAGAAAUUGGAAGAACUGAAGAUCAAGAAGAUGAGGGAAGGCAUGGAAGAGGAACCAGUUGAAGAUGAAGAAGAGCCAGAAGAAGAAGAAGAAAAACGUUUAGAGGGAGAUGGGGACGCUAGGAAAGAGGUGCAUGUUCCUGAUGAGGCGGUCAGCAGUGUUGCAGGAAAUGUUCCAGAAAUUCCGGAAAAGAAACGAGAAUUGGAAGAAGGAGAGAUGUCAUCGGAGAGUUCAUCGUCCUCAUCAGCCACAUCGCCGUCGUCCUCGUCGUCAUCCUCGGAUGAUAAUGACGAUGAGCAGUCGCAGAAUACGGCUCGAGAUCGACGACGUAAACGACGAAUACAAAAGAAACGUGCUCGUGGCGCGGCGGCCACUGCUCAGUUUUCGCUUGGAAGCGCACAGAGUCCACAUUUCGAGGCACUUUUCAAGAAGUUAUACGAACAUCGACAUGCUCUUCUCAGGUCACUACCUGCGACACACAAACACGCUUUCGCCGGUGUUUUGAAUCAGAUACUGUCGUCUCCACAAGGAAUGACUCGUGCUCAACACGAUCAAAUGACGUUAUUCAUGCGCACUUUUUCUGCACAAAAUAUGCAUAACAAAUAG